UGGACUCUAGUGCAGUGAUGUCAGCAUCAGCACGCCUCAGGUGAUCGGCGGGAUUAUCGGCGCUGUUCAUUCCGGUUGCCGCCAACAUUAAUAUCGCCGGCGAGAGGAGUCUCCUCCUUUAUCCGCUAUACCGACCACUUUCAUUCCCUUUGGUGGAUAUAUAUUUAUUGAAGGUGGUUGAAACUUCAACCCAAUCAUACCGCGCCCCACUCCGAAAUUCUCUCCCUCCACUUCUCGCUUGCUUCCACGCACAGUCGCACGACCUAUACAUAACUCUCUCCAUCGCACUCUGCUGAUUGAGACGCUUUCGUGCUGGAUUCGCUCUCCGACGAUUUCCGCGGGGACUUGAUUCAUAGUUAGAAUGUUGGUGGAGACGGAGAAGACGUUCAAUCCAGAGGAGGUUAUUGAGGAAUUCGAGGCACUGACCCGUGAUGCAGGGAGAGUUCAAGAGGAGACUCUGAGGAGGAUUUUGGUAGAGAACGGUGAGACGGAGUAUCUGCUGAAAUGGGGUCUCGGCGGGAGGACGGACCCUGAGAGUUUCAAAGCCUGUAUCCCCAUUGCCUUGCACGAGGAUUUGGAGCCUUAUAUUCAGAGGAUUGCGGAUGGUGAUGACUCUCCUAUUCUCACUAGCAAACCCAUUACCACCAUCUCACUCAGGUAUCUUUUGUUUAUUUUAUCUAGUUGAAUAAAAAAAUCAUAUUACUCCCCACACCAUAAACAGAGUUCUUUUGUGAACUUAUUUUUUGCUUGAGAAAAAAAGAAGGAAGAUAGUCCAAUAUGAACAAAAGAAUCUAGCUUAU